CAUCUCGACCGUAGAAUCGUUGACUAAGGGAACAACCAAGAGUAGAAAAAAAAAGGUCGAGGCUUUACACAAGAAGAGAGAAGAGAAGAGAAGAGAAGAACAAGUAUAGAUACUCACUGACCUAACUCUCUGUCUCUCUUAUAGAUUCUUCUUCAAUGUCAAGAAGAAGAAGUAAUCGUGUUAGAAAUUCCAAAGCCGUCCCUGCUCUCCCUGCACCUGUUACUAUAAUUGAGGAUAUCGAGGAAGAUGAAUAUGAAACCCACAGAUCAUGUUGGAAGCAUGUUGCUUAUCUGAACACGCGUGAUUCCAAACCCAAACUAACCAAGGAAGAGUUUGAGAUGUUCAAACUCAAUGCUCCUUGUCUCUAUGAGGAAUGCACUCGUCGUGAACGGUCAAGGAGAAGGGUCACGUGCAAGUAUUUAGUCUCCAAGCUACGCAAAAAACUCAACUCCAACGUAUUCAUGAACUAUCUUGAGGUGUUGUGGAAGAAGGACGUCUUGGAUAAGAAAAAAAACUCUUUUGUGUACGUGGAUUGUCUAUGGUUUAGUAUGUACAAAAGCGAAACCGAGAGAGUUAGAAGCAGUGUUUUCGAAUCCGUUAAGGCCAAGCAGAUCUUCUCUAAACAAUAUGUUUUUCUUCCUAUCGUCUAUUGGAGCCAUUGGACUUUGUUGAUCUUUUGCAAUUUUGGGGAAGAUCUUGAUGAUGAUAACGAGAAGACAUGCAUGCUGUUUCUUGAUUCACUUAAAACAACCGGGACUGCGCAGCAGCUUGAACCUGAUAUAAGGAAGUUUGUGUUGGACAUAUUCAAACUCGAGGGAAGAAGCGAGGACUCGAGCUUGGUUGAUGAUAUCCCUCUCCAUGCGCCAGAUUUUCAGGUUCCACAGCAGACAAACGAUGUGGAAUGUGGAAGCUUUGUCCUAUACUACAUCCAUCGGUUUAUAGAAGACGCCUGCAGCUUCAACAUCAACGAGUACCCAUGCUUCUUGAAAGAGGACUGGUUUAGCCACAAAGACUUGGAAAAUUUCUGCAAUGCAUUUGAUUCUUCGGGAGCCAUUCGUUGACCAAAGUGUUUUAACCUUUUUAACGACUCAGAAGGUUAGUAGAAGACUAGUUCCAUCAGAAUUUUCAAAAGGGGUUUUGAAGAUGUUAUCAGUUGGUAGGAAAUCGCAAACUUCAUCAGGAGGAAUCUUAGGAACCUAUUGUGGAUAGUAUUUUUAUGUUUUUAGGUGCUUUUGAUAUAUUAAACUGCUGUUCUUGUUUUUGGCCUGGCCUGCCUGUUAUAUUAUCACUCAUAUUUAAGUGGUAACCAGUUGAUUUUUUUAGCUGCCCAUAAAAUAAAUCUGAAAGGAAGAAGUUAUGAAUC